CGGGCAGCGGGGCCGGCUGGUCGGGGCGCUCAGGGAUGGAGACCGCGCCCGGGAGCGCCCCGUUCUCCUCCUCCUCCUCCUCCUCCGCCGCCGCCGCGGCAGCAGCGUUGCGGCUGGCGCUGGCGGCUCCGGGGCUGCCCGACGGUCCCUUCGGCUGUCCCAUCUGUCUCGAUCUUCUGAAGGACCCGGUGACGGUACCGUGCGGACACAACUUCUGCCAGGGGUGCCUGGGGGCGCUCCGCCAGCGGACGGGCCCCCCCGACGGCAGCGGCGGAGCGGGCGGGGCCGCCCGUUGCCCGCUGUGCCAGGAGCCCGUCCCCGCAGCCUUGAGGCUCCGCAAGAACCGCGCCCUCUGCGAGGUGCUGCCGCUGCUGGCGGCCGCUGCCGCCGCCGCCGGGGCAGCCCCUGCAUCCCCCGCAUCCCCUACGGCUCCCCCACCUCCGCCCUCAUCUCCCCCAUCCCCAGCCGUAGGGUUCCCCAUGGCACCGGGAGCCGAGGAGGAGGAUGCGGCGGGGGAGGAAGGAGCGGCAGGGGAGGAAGGAGCGGCGGUGCUGUGCGACGUGUGCCCGGCGGGGUCGCGGGUGGCCGCGGUGCGAUCGUGCCUGGUCUGUUUGGCCUCUUUCUGCGGUGCCCAUCUGGAGCCCCACCGCCGGGCCCCAGCCUUCCGCACCCACCGCCUGGUAGCCCCUCUGCGGCGGCUGGAGGAGGGGCUGUGCCCCCGCCACCUCCAGCCCCUCGACGCUUUCUGCCGCACCGAGCAGACCUGCGUCUGUGCCCGCUGCCGCGCCCACGAGCAUAGCGCCCACGACGUGGUGCCCCUCGAGAAGGAGCGGGAGCACAAGGAGGCCCAACAAGCCAAAUUCAUCAGUGAUGUGGACAACGAGCUGGGGGAGCUGGCAGUCACCAUUGCCCAGGCCAAGAAGAUGGUGGAGCUCAUUAAGAGUGCUGCCACAAAGGAGAAAGAAAAGGUUGAGAAGCUGUUUGCAGAAGCCUAUGAGGCCCUGGCGACUUUCCAGAAGGAGGUGGCUGGUUUCAUCGAGGAUGGGGAGCGCUCCAUGCUGGGGGAGGCUGAGGCAAACCUCCACUGGAAGGAGGAGAGACAAACCAAGCUGGCCCAGUGCAAGCAAAACCUGGAGAACGUCCCCAGCACUGACACCAUCUACUUCCUCCAGGAAUUUCAGGCCUUAAAAGUAGCCAUGGAAGAAAACCUCUGCCCGGCCCUGAGCUUCCAGAGCGAGCUGAACUUCACCAAAUGCACCAAAGCCGUGGGCACAGUGAAGGACGUGCUGGCUGCUGCCUGCAAAACCCAGUGGGACCUCUUGCAGGGGAAAGGAGUGGAUGGGCUGAGUUUCCCAGAGACAGAGAAAGGGCUGUCCAAGUCCCCAUCUCCAGACAAGUCAAACAACCCUGCCUGCCUGGAGAGCCGUGAUUACUUCCUGAAAUUUGCCUUCAUCAUUGACCUGGACAGUGACACGGCUGACAAGUUCAUCCAGCUGUUUGGCACCAAAGGGGCCAAGCGGGUGCUGUGCCCCAUCCCCUACCCGAAGAGCCCGACCCGCUUCGUCAACUGCGAGCAGGUGCUGGGGAUGAACCUCAUGAACCGAGGCAACUACUACUGGGAGGUGGAGCUCAUUGAUGGCUGGGUCAGCAUAGGUGUCAUCACCGAGGACUUUGACCCCUUGGAGCCCUACAACCGGGGGCGGCUGGGGCGCAACGAGAAGUCCUGCUGCCUGCAGUGGAACGGCCAGAACUACGUGGCCUGGUUUGGUGGCUUCGAGUCUGUCAUCCAGCAGCCCUUUUUCCACACCAUCGGGGUCUUCCUGGAGUACUCUGAGAAGGCCCUGACCUUCUACGGAGUCAAGGACUCCAAGAUGACCUGCCUGCAGCAGCUCAAGGUCUCCCCUUUUGCCAAGGGCCAGUUUGACCCUUUCCAGAACAAGAUCAACCAGCAGUUUGCCUCUCUUUUCCUGUGCAAGCUGAAACCAGCCUUCUUCCUGGAGAGCGUCGAUGCCCACCUGCAGAUCGGGCCGCUGAAGAAAGAUUGUGUCUCGGUGCUAAAGCGUAGGUAACCACCCUGAGAGCGGGAGCACGGCGGGGGGCACUCAGAAGACUCUCUCCUGCAAUCUGCUGUCGCCAUCCCAGCUUCUCUUUGGUAGCUUUGCAGUCCUCUGUGGCACCCCUCCCUCCUCGCUCUGCGCUGUUGGUGACCCAAGGGUGGAUGAAGCUGCCUGGCGGGCAGAGCCGUGGGCUGGGAGCCAGGAGGGAGAUGGAUCCAAAUGCCAGCUCUGCUGCUGGGCUGCUGAGAGAGCUUGGGCGAGUCUCUGUGCUGCUGCCUGCCCCUCAGUUUCCCUUUCUGGACAUCAGGGACUGUGCUGCAGCCUUUCUUGGUAAAGUGCAUCGCUCAGGAGAAGUGCCCUGCACAUCUGAAGCUGGGUCUUGGCCAGCUGCCGGGCUACCCGGUCCCUUGCCUUAAUAUCUGCUCACACUGCCCUGGUGACUUGCACAGAACCUCUGCUUUGUGCCUUAUCUCAGUCUCUGUGUCUCUGCUGCUUCUUUAAGUGCUGC